UAAUUAUUGAAAUUAAAAUGAAAAAAAUGCUUGAAAUGUUUUAGUUUACGUGUAAUGAGUCUAUAAUAUAUUAAAUUUUCACUUUCUUAAAUAACUGAUGGAGAAUAUUGAACUUUUUCAAGAUAUUCUAAUUUUUUGAGCUGCACCUGUAGUAUACAGAUGGACUGAUAUUAGUUUGAAGUCGAGCCUGUUUCUCACACAUGGGUAUCAGUAUAUAUUAGUGUAUGAAGUCUUAUUAAAUCACACAUUUAAGCCCUUGGUUUGUUCUAGUGUAGACUUUAGUACUACUAAUACUUUAGUAAUAGUACAAGUACCUCGAAAUUGUAAGUACAAUACUUGAAUAAAUAUACUUAGUUACUUUCCACCACUGAAUAUAGUCUCUGACCACCAAAAUGGGACCUCUAGCAUGGAUGUGUCUAGACGGCCAAUCAUUUAAGGCGAAAAGGGAAGUAGCUGAAGUGAACUAUCUCGUUGUGUCUGUACUCUUUGACUGUCCGUUGCUGUGGUGACCUGGAGAUUACUCUCCCGCCGCCUGGUGGCGGAGCGACACACGACAGUUUCUGUCUGAUGAUGACCAUGCUGACCCGUGGAUGACCUCCCAAAACGGAUAGAAGAAAAAAAACCGAUUAUUCCGUCUGUUAAUAUCGCUUUUAAACAAACUAAUGUAAUUUCUGUGACGUGGGAGCGGAUUUAAAGGGAGCAUUGAGACGUGGAUGGAGAGAUGUGGUGCUACCAAAAACCGGGGUUUGAAGCCCUCGUCCUCGCUGAGCUGCAGAGACAGCAACAGUGCGGCCAGUUCUGUGAUACUCUGCUCAAGACAGAAGGUGUGUCAGUGCCAGCACACAGUUGUAUUCUCUCCGCCAUCAGCCCCCACAUCUCCUCCGCUCUGUCCACCACGCCGCCGCCCCCUGCAGGUCAGACCCAUCUCUUGGAGUUUCGGGCUCUUGGCGCCUGCACCCUGCUCCACAUGGUCAGACUGCUGUACUGUGGGGAGAUGGCAGGGCAGGGGGAGAAGGAGAAGCAAGAGGCUAUUUCUGCUGCAGCCAAGCUGGGCAUCCACGGGCUGGUGGAGGUCACAAGAAGAGAUCGUAAGAGCAGAAAUGAGGAAGGAGAAGACUGGCAUACGGAGGUAGGAGUGCAGACGGAGCCACUGAUGCCUGAGGAGAAUGGAGGGAGGCCGGGCAGGUGGAGGAGAGAAGUGACGGAUGGAAGCACCUUUCUGUGGAAAGAGACACUGUCAGAUGGUAAAAAAGACACAUGGACUCAGACAGAGGAGCAGAAAGCACAAACGGGUCCCCCUUCUCACUCAGCAGCCUCCUUUGAGACCAUUGAUAUGGGCGCUCUCCAGAGUUUAGGACAGACCCAUCUUGUUCCCCCAGGAAUUCCCUACAUCCCCAUAUCCCUCGUCUACCCACCAGAUGAAAACCAAACACACCAACCUUCAUCUGCUCUCGUGGAUUCCAUGCAGGAAUCCACAGCAGCUGGACACACAUCUGUUGUGGCUCCGCCGUACACCUUCGCCCCACCACCCCUCCUUCCUUUUUCCAGCCUAGCGACCCCGUGUGCUGCCGACUGGUGGGCCGGCCCCCAAGGAGCACCCAGUGGUGUCGCAGCAGAAUGGGAGGACGAGCGCUUAGAGCGGUUUCAAGGCAACAUCCCAGGAUACAUCAGCUACUUCCUGAACCCGGAUAAGGAGGAGGGCUCCGGCAGGGGGCGAGCAAGGAGGCGGCGGGGAGCAGGAGUGGGAGGUGCCAGGAGAGCUGGGACGGGUGAGAGAAGAGCCAGGAGGCCACGAGCAAGAGCAGGAGGCAGGGGGAGAGGAGGGUUAACGCAGACGGUGGAUGUGCAGGACGUGGGGGUGAGCAGGCUGCAGAAGUUGUUCCUGCAGAGGUGGGGGUCGUCCAGGACGGGUCAGGGCGGAGGAGCUGUAGGCAGGAAGUUGUACCUAAACACCAGAGAGCUUCUGAAGAGCUGUCAGAGGAGGAAAGGGCGCGGCAAAGCGUGGGAGCUCAGCCAGAGAGGAGACGCGCCGCCGUACAGUGAGGGAGGAGGAGGUAGCAAGCAGCGUGGAAGGAAGAGUACAGUGCAGCAGUGUAACCAGGAUGGUCUUCCUGUUGGCAGGGCUCCGAGGGCGAGGGCCAAACCAACAACAUCAGUUUCCUUUCCUUCCUCUCACAUGCCAUUCUACAACGUUCCGUCACCCGGCCUGCUGUCACCUGCAGCCUCCUACGUGCCUCCAGCAUCGUCCCUCCUCCACAGCACCUCCCUCCCUCCUCCGGCUCGUCCACCUCACGAGGAACAGCCCGAACACAUUGAUCGUCUACUAGAGGCAGUGAUGAUGGGCCUCGACAUUUUACCGAACAACGCUGCUCCACAUUCUCAGCCUCCUCUUCCAACCAGUAGCAGCAGUUGUGCCUACGCCUCCUCUGUCAAUACAUUGGCUCAAAACAAACAACAAGGCCGUACCACUGGCCUCCUGGAAGCAAGUCCAGGUUUUCACGGGGCCGCACAUGUUGUUGCUGUAGCAAGAGGAGCUGCUGGCUCCAGCAGUGAGAUGCCUGUUCUGCAGCAGCAGGGAGAGGGAGAGCUGACUGAGAUGUUGGACCACUUCCUCCAGUCCUUUGAGCAGCAUGUUGACUGCUGUACUGCCAGGGAAGAGGUGGAGACGGGUGGCCAAAGCUGCGCUGAGGCUGCACAGAGCAAAUACAGAAACCCCCCCCAUCUACAGAACAUACACACACCGCGUCCAGCCAGACGCUCUCAAGUAACUGAACUGCAACAGAGAGAUGAAGGUGAAACACAGCCGAGACGUUCACAGCCUCACACGGCUUCUGCUUGCAGCGCCGCUCCCCCCAAACAUACCGAGGGAUCACCGGAGAAAGUCAGACCGCCAGCCAAACGAAAGAAGAGAAGAAAAAAUGAGUAUCUGUUCUCAUUGGAGAGAAAAAGGGUGAGAGUGAGGAAGCCGGUGUUAUCACGUGACGAAAAGGCCAAAAUCGUUCGCGACCGAAGAGACGAGCAGCUGCAGCAGAUGCCUGUGGUGAAACUGAGGAGGAGUGGCCCGCUGCCAGACAGAGUUACACUGCAGGAACCCAGCUGUCGAGAAGUCAAGAGUACUGCAAAAACAAAGACCAGUUCAUCAUCAGUGAAAUGCCCUCGUGACUCAUGGAGCACAAAGACGUACCCGAUCAGGAGUAGGUUUAGAGACGCACUUAUCAUGGACAGUGUGCCCUUUCUUGAGGAGCCUCUUCAAAUAAAACGACCAACCUCCGCAAGCCGAUCAUGUCGCAGCCGAGGCAGACCCAAUAAAAAUGGACAACUCCUCACUUUAUCUAACGGUGAGAGUUCAACACCACCGAUUCAGCCGCAGGCCGUGGAGCCCCGUGGCACGGAUGAACCACUGGAGAAAAAUCAAGAGACACGUGGAGAAGAAUCGACUGUCCAUCCACAGGAGGAAGCAGAGGGAGCUACGAGGAGGGGAGAGAAGAGGGCAGCAGAGUCAGAGGAGGCGACAAGUGUUGAAUCCACUGUGGCCAAGAGGGUUUGCUUUGAGCCGACCUCUGAAACAGGCUUCGCGAGCGCUCAACCUGCAGAACCAGCAACCAGAGAGAUGAAGGACGUUUCGCUGACCAGUGUAAGCGAGUGUGUUCAAAGAGAAGACGGAGAAGUUAAAACAACGCAGAGUGAAAUCAAACUCAAAGAAACAGAGGGAAGUUUGAUGGAUGAAGAGAUGGAGAGCAGCGGUGAUGAGAUAAUCGAUGUGGACGGAGACUCUGAAGACGACCGCUGCCAGAGCAGAGCGACACAGACUCUCUCACAUGUUUUCAAAGUGACGCCUUCUGGGUCCCCUUCUUCACAUUCAGCUAAGGAGGUCAGUCUGUGGUCAACAGGAAGCUGGGAAGAGACUGACGAUGAGGACAUUGAUGUGAUUGGCUGUUCCAGUCCCGCCCCUGAUCCGGUGAUCAUGAGCUGGACAGAGUCUUCAGAAGGUGAGGAAGAGGAUGGAGUCGAGGACACUGACGUUGUUGUUGGAGAAAAGACAGACUACGGUUCAUCGGCGGUCUUCGCUACUGUGAGUACAGGUGAGCUUAACAGAAAAUAUCAGACUGAUGUGCUCUUAUAUUAGCAAGAGCAUUUUCUUUUCUCCUCGUCUUCUACAGUUUAUGUUAUUUCCUACAUUUCCCAGAAAACGUUUGUUUAAUUUAGCAGCGAGUUAAAGGGCAGGUAGAGAGACAGAGAUCAAGACAAAUGUCUUCUGUUUUUAUUGUGUUCACCUCCAUGUGCAAACACUGACAAUCACGUGAGGGAUUUUUGUUUUCCUAUUCCACCAACGUUUAGGAAAAGAAGAGUUGUGAGCAACAUGUUAACUAUUUGUUUGGAUUGAUAAAGAAAAGACGUGCAUCGUAAUGCAUAAAGACAUUUUAAUCAGCAACAGAAACUACAGGUGUGUAGUUUACAUGCAGCUGUUGAGGUUCAGCUCUUGAGUUGAGUAUACAGACAACCAUUGUCAAACUGUCAAAGGUGACAGGGAUCGUUACUUUUUUUGUAUUUUGAAGAUAUUUAGCCGCUGAUUUUAUGUAAAGACUUAAAAAGUUGUUACUGCUAAGUCCAGUAGUUUGUGAUUGUUAAGCAGAUAUGUUCAGCAAAGUUUGUUUUAACUGUCAAAAUCAGGUUUACAUACCGUCAAAGGAAUGAAGGGUGUUUUAGUAGUCUGAACUAUGACUAUGACUGUUUUAGUUGUAAAUAUGAUUAAUAAUGUCAGCUUCUGUUCUGUUCGGCCACAGUUUGUAAAUGUUCCAGGAAAACUUGCGUCUUCCUCGUUUUACUGUCAGGUUAUGUUUGAUACUGUUCCUCGUGGCACUUUUGAGUCUAGGACUCUGAUUUCUACAAUAAAAAAUCCUUUCUAUUU